AUGAAGUUCAAGUCGAAGCAUCGCGCCGACAUUCUCACUGACAUGUUCAAAGUUUGCACCAACUUUUCGCCAAAGUUUAGCGAAAGCACCAAGAAGUACACUUGCCUGAAAAACCGCUGGACCGGAGAAAAUGGCAAAGUUGUCUUUGACGUGGGCGUGUACAGUGUCAAUAAGGUGAAUGCUUCCACUGGGCAGGUGCUAGCUACUUACUACUACAAGGACAUCUUCAAGCUGGCCACCGUUAAAGACUUUGAACUGGGGCCCGCUUUUGUAAUUUCAACGACUGAAAGUGAAAAGCUGCAUCUAUUUGUUGCAAGUGAUGAAAAUGUCCGCCGAGAAAUACUUGACCGGAUUCGCCUUAUUGCCCGCAAAAACAUUGGUACAGUCAUUCCCCUUUCAAAUGAACCCGUCGCUAUGCAGCACUUUACCACACACCGCCUUGGCGUUGACGUCUCUUCAAUUGCACCGCUGCACUCUUUUUCCGUUUUUAAAGUGGGCGGCGAACACAAGGGCAGCCUGGCAAAGAAGCGCUUCUUGGCGGUCACUGACCAGUUUCUGCUUGAGCGGGAUGCCAACACUAACGAAAUUGUCAACCUUCGCUCGUUGGUGGAAAUCUACGCCAUUGUUCGGCCGAAGACCGAUUCUCAACUUUUUUCCAUUCAGUACCUAAACGGAGAUGUACGGUGCUACACCUCAACCGAGCGUGAUAUUCUACUUGCCUCGCUGCUCGACAACGUCAGAACAUCUGGAAAUGUGAAUGUUCAUGUAAAGCUCGACUUGAAUCACCACAAAAUUAUUUGCCAUCAAGAGAUUGAAACCGUCCGCUACAUUCAUGCUCGCACUCGCGACCUCACAAUUUCACAAGCGCUUGAUUUCUAUAUUCAAAAUUCUUUCAUCACUCCAACCACCGUCUACAGCAAAGAUAGCAACAAAAAGGACACGGAAAAGUACAUUCAAGCAGGAAUAACUGAGCUGCUUGCCGACGACUUUAAAGACGCCUCGGAUGAAGAUUUCAAUAAUCAACUGCUGGCUUUGCGCUACCUCUUUUGCACAAAACCGGGCUUUUCCUACUUUGUCAUUGAUCGACGGUGGAAAGACAGAGAGAUCGAGUUGCUCUUCGGCAAAGUGAAGAAGGCGUUGAGUCGUGACAAUGACGUGAUUACCUUUACGGCAAUUGAUAUGCUCUCCACCCUAAUGCAGCCUUUCUACGACGAAACUGACCUCUUCUUUGAGCAAAAGAACAAGGGCUUCCUACUCAGCUCGGAGCGGUUUUUGCCCAUUCUCCUCGAGCUGAUUAAUCACCACGUCGCCAAGGGCACCGGCGCUCUAAUCAUCGCCUCCAUUUUGGAGUUUCUCAUCUAUGCGCUCUGUGCCCCCUACAGUGAAACGACCGAUGGCGGCCACUUCGACACCCUGCUUAAUCUGGUGGCCAAAUCGGGUCGUAGUCUGUUUAAGCUCUUCAACCAUCCGUCCUUUUCCAUCGUCAAGUCCACCUGUCUCCUGAUGAAGGCCAUCAUCGAGGAGGGCAACGCUCAGGUGGCGCACCGAAUGCAAGAGCUUGCCCUGGCCGAGGGAACCUUUCUCUUUCACCUGCACUCGUCUCUCUUUCCAAUUGUGUCGGGCGACAAAUUUUUCCCCAUUCAAAUUCUGUCACGCAAGCUGCUCUCCCUGUGGACGGUCGACAAUGAGACCGGACUGACACUGCUGAACAGCAUCUUUCCACUAGGUCUGCUGAACUUUCUCGAGUCUACUGAAAAGCCACCGAAAGACUCGAUGAAUGUGAUUCUCUCUCGAGAUAAUCUCAAAAUUGCACAGGACAUUUCCCACAAGUCAGUGUCGCAGAUUCAAAAGCUUCGAGACAACUACCCUGCGGUGCGAAUGCUCGAACGUCAGGUGGAGGAUGUUUUCAAUCACUGGCGAAAACGCAUCGGCAUCACCUCAUCUCUCGAGGUGACCGAAGAUAAGCAGCCUGUGGUGUUGAGAAGACGGCGAGAGAUGAUCAAGUCCAAUCUCAACUGGAACAUGUUUUUCUACCAGUUUACCCAGAACCACGCCAUUCCUGAUUUGAUUUGGAACCACAAAACGCGCGAAGAGUUGCGAGAAUCGCUGGAAAAGGAAAUUUAUCAGUUUAACUCUGACAGAGAACUUCACGCUACUCAGCUGAUUUCCUGGAAUUUCGACGAGUUUGAGGUGAAAUACUUUUCGCUAAGCGAGGAAAUCAAAAUUGGCAACUACUACUUGCGACUGUUGCUCACGCAGGAGAACUCACUCAACAGCGAAACUAAUCUAACCAAUCGUCUCUUCAUCAAAAACCCCUAUGAUUUCUUCAACAACCUCUACCACCGAUUCCUGUCCAACAGCAAACUAAAGAUGAAAUCCGACUGUCUGCAGGCAAUGUCCAUCAUCUACGGCGAGUACGUCGAGGAGAUUGGCCCUUUUAAUGACAUCAAGUUUACGGUUAAGAUCCUCGAGGAUGCAGUCAAUCGAGUCCUUCGCGAUCGCAUUGUGCAAUUUCUAGAAAAGCUGAUCAAAAAUCGAAUCAACAUUAAGAACUUGGUCGACUCAAAUGGCAUCUUUAUUCUCAUUGAUCUCGCCACACUGUCUCACCUCCACGUGAACCGAGCCGUCAUUCCAACGCAGUCAAAUGUGAUUGAGGCUUCGCCUGAGAUGAUGAAGGGCUCAAUGGAGAAGGAGUGGCACGUUCAGGAGAAGGCCACUGAAAAUGACAGCACACUUAGCUUCCUCGACUUGAAGGAGCAGUGGCAGGAAGGCAAAAUCACGGCCGAGACCAAGUGCUGGGCACAGGGCUACAAUACGUGGAACAAAAUUUGCCAAAUUGCGCAGCUCAAGUGGACCCUGGUGGCGGAGGACAACUCGAUUUUUCACGAGAACGACAUGACCAUUCUCAUUCUGAACAUUCUCAUCAAAGUCUGCGAGGCGUACCCCAGUCGUGGCUCAGACGAUUCCAUCAUUCGACCGAUGCCCAAAGUGAAGCAGCUUCUGUCUCAUGACAACUGCCUUCCGCACCUCAUUCACCUGCUGCUCACCUUUGACCCGGUGAUUGUGGAGAAGAUUGCCACCCUGGUGCACCUCAUCAUGCAGGAUAACCCGCGCAUAUCGCUGCUCUACCAGACUGGUCUCUUCUACUUUAUUCUCAUGUACACUGGCUCGAACAUUUUGCCCAUCAGCCGCCUACUUCACCUUACCCACAUGAAGCAGUCAUUCAAGAGCGAGGAAACCAGUCAGACGGUGCUGCAGCGCAGCAUCCUCGGCCAGCUGCUGCCUGAAGCCAUGGUCUGCUACCUGGAAAACUACGGUCCAGAGGACUUUUCCAAGGUCUUUCUCGGCGAGUACGACACGCCCGAGGUGAUCUGGAACUCUGAAAUGCGUCGCUUCAUGAUUGAGCGAAUUGCCGCACACAUUGUCGACUUUAGUCCGCGCCUCCUGUCAAACGUGCGAGCCAUAUACCAGUACUGCCCUAUUCCGCCGAUUCGCUACUCGCAGCUGGAGAAUGAGCUCUUCUGCAACAUUUACUACCUGAAGAACCUGUGCGACACCAAGCGUUUCGGGGAUUGGAAAAUCAAAGAGCCGGUCACUUUGCUGAAAAACAUUUUGGAGAUUUGGAAGGUGGAGAUUGAAAAGAAGCCCAACACGAUGCAACUCGAGGAUGCACUGGACAUUCUGGGCAUCAAGGACUAUGACGGCCUCCUCAGCGGGGCUCAGUUUGAGAGCCUGAUUCGAAAGCGCUACUACCAGCAGGCGCAGAUUUACCAUCCGGACAAGAAUCCAAACGGCCGAGAUAUGUUUGAAAAGGUGAAUGAGGCGUAUUACUUUCUCUGUUCAGGCAAUCACAAGCAGAGUGGCCCUGACCCGCAGAAUAUAAUACUGAUCCUGAAGGCGCAGAGCAUUCUCUUCUCUCGACACGGCCAGGAGCUGCACCAGUACAAGUAUGCCGGCUAUCCGAUGCUCCUCAAGACGCUCAAACUGGAAAUGGACGACCAGUACCUCUUCUCAAAGAACAAUCCACUGCUGGCGCACGCCUGCAAGACGGUCUACCACAGUGUCAGGUGUUCGGCGCUAAAUGCCGAGGAGCUGCGUCGCGAGGAGGGACUGGAAAUUCUGUACAGCAUUCUCAACCGAUGUGUCGACGUCCUCGGGGCGUCAUCGAAGCCGAAAGACCUGGCGACCAAGGUUUGCAAGUACAUUGUCAGCUGCUUUGGCGUGAGUGCGGAGUUUCCCGCCUGUCGUCGUUACUUCUACGACAUGGCUCAGCUGCCAAAGAACAUUUUCUACAUUCUCAACUACAAGCACCUGAUCAAGCUGUGCAUGGCCGCCAUUGAUUGUGUGAUACACUUUUGCAAUGACCCCUAUCUUCAGUUGCUGCUCUUCAAGUCGGGCAUUGUCUUCAGCCUGCUGCAGUUUAUCUUCAAGUACGACUACACCUUGGAAGAGGCGGACUUUGAGGCAAACGAAAAGAAUAAUCGCCAGUGUCUGUCCAAUUCCCUGGCUAAAAAGGCCCUUUCCACUUGCGUCGCCCUGUUUGAAAACAAGUUUGCCAGUGCCCAGAUUGAGGACAAGUCACUACUGGACGACUACACCAUGAUUCGACAGUCACUCUUUGCCCUGCUUACCCCGUACAUUGCCAAUCAACUGACCCUUGAAAAUGUGCCUGAUCUGCUGAAGAUGCUGAACAGCAACGUGGAAAACCCCUACUUCAUGUGGAACAACAGCUCACGAUCUGAACUGAUCAACUACCUUCAGGAGCAGGAGAAGGAACUGCUGCGCAGUGGAAUCGUCAUGGACAGCUCUUUUGGUACGCAGUUUGUCUUUUCCUCUCACAAAGAAGAGCUGAUUAUUGGCGACAUAUUCGUGCGCAUCUACAACUCACAGCCAGGCUUCCCACUGAAGGACGUUAAGCGAUUCGUCUUUGCGCUGCUCGACUCGCUCGGUUCGCACUCCCAGUACCUGCACGCGAUCAAGGCAGUCUCAUUUCCCAAGGACGACACGGUCGCCAUUGACGAGAGUCGCAUUGCCACAAUGAAGGAAUGCCUGCUGGCGCUGAUUAACCUCAUUAAGCACAACAGCGGCAUUGAAAUAUACUUUGUGUGCCAUUUUAAGUACAUUUUCAGCUUCCUUCGCCUGGACUCCUAUCCUGAAGUGCAGUCGCUAGUGCUGCAGCUGAUCAUCAACCUCUCCACGAACAAGGACUGCCUCAAUGACAUUUCCAACUCAAGUGUCAUCAUCUACCUGCUGCUCAUUUUCCACGUCAACAGCAAAAUUACCGAGUCCAAGUCAAAGGUGUACCUGGAUGUGUUGGAAAUUAUGAUCUCGUUUGCCUCCAACACUGACCUCGUCAAGGAGAGCAUAUCAAAGGGAGUGCUGCUGUACUCGUUGCAUCUCUUCAUAGCACCUCACUUUCACGUCGUUCGGGAGAAGGCUGCCCAACUGAUGAUUAAGCUUUGCAGCGACAAGCUCAGCGGCCAAUACUCGCGAUGGGUUCUUUCAAAGUUUUUGCCCGAACUCUUUCUCAGUGCAAUGAAGGACGGCCCGCCAAAUGCCAUCUCGCUGUACGACGAGAACCAGGAAAAUCCCGAGCUCAUCUGGACAGACGACUCUCGAGCCACUCUCAAUGAACAGCUCACCAAAAUGGUGGGCACCCUGUACUCGACGCAACUGGCCAAUCCAUCCUCUACGUGGAAGUUGAAUGCCGACUAUGAGCUUUCACUCUCCAUCGACAAUGGCGAGUUUAGAAUUGCCGGUGUGUACCUGCGACUCUACAACCAAAGUCCGGGCUGGAUUCUCAGUCGACCUAAAGAUUUCCUCCUGGGACUGUUUGAGUUUAUGAAGGAGAACAUGGACAAGCCCAACUUUGAUGAAAAGAGAAUGGAGCUGGUUACCGCUUCCAUUUGCACACUCUUUUCAUCUCAGCCCACUCUGUUGCUGCUGAUUCCUCCCACCGGUUACAUUCCAAUCUUUGUAAACAAGCUUCGAACCAAAAAUGACGUCAUUGCUAAAUCGUGUCUCGCCGUACUUCUCAAGUUUGCCGGAGAGACGGCCUGCGUGAGCGACAUGAUGGCAACCAACGUCCUGGCCGACAAUCUCAACAAUGCCUUUGAAACUCAUCCUGAUCACAGUGAGCUGGCCUGUGACGUUCUCGUCAAAGUUUUCGAGUCGGGCAACAACGACUUUAUCAACCAGGCCAUUCACUGUGAUUUGAUCAAGCGGCUACUGAACAUUCUCGAUUCGAACGCUAGUCAGUCUACCAAGGCUAAAGUUGUGCAGAUGCUGCAGUGCAUCCAGCUGAAUCCCAUUCUCGGGCAGCAGAUUACUGAAAUUCUGGCCAAGUCUAACGUUUGGAAUGAGUUCAAGGAUCAAAAACACGAUUUGUUUAUCACACACAAUAACACUACGCAAUAUCUUACCGGCCCAACCGUGAACAUUGCGGGAUACCUGACACAAAAUGCCGCCAACACAUUGCCUUUAGUGCCACCGCCUAUCGAAGAAUGA